AUGGCCGAGAGCGGCGUCGACGCGUUGUCGGAGGGCCUUCAGCGAGUCAUCGCACCCGCCGUCAGGGAGUGCGACGCCGCCGCGUCGUCGUGCGCCACCGCGCAGGCGGACCUCACCGCGCACGUCGACCGCCUGGCGCACGAGCUCGAGGUGCUCCUCGCGGCGAUGCCCGCGGAGGCGUCCGAGGGACACGCCGAACGGGUUCGGCGGGUGCGCGCCAGGGUCGAGGCGCUGGGGAUCCGGAUGGCGGACGUGGAGGGGAGGAUGACGCGGCUGCACCGAGCCGCGGCGGGGCUGAGGCGCGCGGACAUCGCCAAGCUGCUCUUCAGGAACGGAGACGACCUCGAACUCGACGACGACGACGCGGAGCUUCCGCCGCGGGAGGAGCUGUACCGCGCGGGUGCCGUCGACGACGCGGGGGACGAGCACGGGGACGAACCCGAGGCGAAGGAGGCGACGUAG